AAAGCAGCUAUUUAAUUAUUUUGCUAGUUUUGUUAUGUAAAUUCAAGUUUACAGCAAUUAUGUCAGUCAUUUAAAAUGGGCCCAGGAGCUUGUUUGUGGUAUAAAUGCAAAGAAAUUAAAGCAGGACCUGGAGAGGUGGUUCAGCAGGGAAGAGGAAUGCUUGCUCACUGUUCUUGCAGAGGACCAAGUUCAGUUCCCAGCACUCAAAUCAAGUGGUUCACAACCACCUGUAAGUCCAGGUCAAGGGGGAUCUGAUGCUUCUGUAGCUGGCUCAGCCCUCUGCACUUGUGCAUGUACCCACCUGCUCACCCAUUUCCAUACAUACAAACCAAUGUCGUCAUGGAGCAAGGAAAGCUUUUGGACAGGUGAUGAGGGCAGCCAGCGGGAGAGUAUCCUCAAAUCUUAUCAUCUGGUGUACCUUUCAUUGCCUGCAGUAUUGCUAAGCCUGUGCAGUGCUCCAGGGCCAGAACUGUCCAAAGUGGAGCCUUCCAGCAUGCCCAGCAGACAGUGACUUCUUCCAGCCAAACCAGUACUUUGUUACGUAGUGGAUCUUCUAUAGUUCACUUGAGUAUGUAUUGACUUUUUCAGAAUGUGAGCUAGCUGUGGUGGCAAAGUACUUUAGACCCAGCACUCAGGAGGCAGAGGCAGGUGGAUUUCCUCACUCAAGAGCAGAUCAAGUUCCAGGACAGCCAGGACUACAUAGGGAGAUCCUGUUUUAAGAAAAAACUAUUUGUAUGGCAAUGUGCACAUUACUGCAAAGGCCAGAGGAAGGUAUCCGCUAGGGCUGAAAUUAUAUGAAAUUUUGAGCCACUGAUGGGGGUGCUAGGAACUGAGCUCUGGUCUUUGUGAUGGGGGGGGGGGGGGUGUUUUGUUUUUAAUGAGUGUUUUGCCUGCAUGUAUGUACCGAGUACAUGAGAGAACAUGGAACUGAAGUUAAAGAUGGUUUUGAGCCACCACCUGCUUGCUGGGAAUAAAAUCCAAGACUUGGGAAGAACAUCCAAGCCUCUAAAUGGCUGUGCCAUGUCUUCAGCUCCUGAACUCUGGUCUCUUGGAAGAAUGCUGCACCGAGCUCUGUCACCAGCCCCGGUUAUAGAACUGGGUGACGGUUCAGCCAGUAAAAGCACUUUCCAUUCAAGUCUGAUCACCUGAAUUCUGUCCCUGAAGUCAAGGUAAGACGCUGGGUGCUGCCUUGUAUAACUCAUCCCAGCACUCCCAGAGGGACAUGGAUUGGAGACAGUCUGCUGGAAGCUUAACAUCCAACUGGGUUGGAGGAUGCCACACUGCAAACCCCAAAAGAUAUUCCUGUACAACAUUCCACAACAAUACCGAGGCAUAUGUGUGUCAUGGCUUUUUAAAAGAUUUGUUAUUUAUAAUACUCUGCUUGCAUGUGUGCCAGGACACUAGAACAGGGCACCAGAUUGCAUUAUAGAUGGUUAUGAGCCACCAUGUGGUUGCUGGGAAUUGAACUCGACCUCUGGAAGAACAGCCAGUCCUCUUAACCCGGAGCUGUCUCUCUAGGCCUACACACAUACUUUUUAAAAAGGACUCAGGCACACAGACACACACAGAUAUUUGAUACUGCUUUGUUUGCUGUGUAGCCUAGGAUGGCCUCAAACUUGUGAUCCUGCUUCACCCUCCUGGAGUGCCGGGAAUAAAGGCCACCAGGCAAGGUGUAAGUGUGUGUGUGUGUGUUUUAAAGUUAAAUAUGUGUCACCUGAAGUGUCUUCAGAUUUUUCUAGAAUAUGCUGAGGUAAUUGUUGCCAAUUGAAAAGAGACGGCUCAGUGGUUAAGCGCACUGGCUGUUCUUCCAGAGGACCCGGGUUCAAUUCCCAGCACCCACAUGACAGUUCAUAACUGUAAUUCCAGUUCCAGGGGAUCUCAUACUCUCACAUACAUGCAGGGAUAAACAAAAUUUUACAUACAGUAAAUAUAAAAAAGAAAAUCUGAGCCCUGGCCAGGCAUGGUGGUGUGCCAGUAAUCCCAGUACUCUGGGAGGCAGAAGCAGAUCAUCUCUGUGAGUUUAAGGCCAGCCUGGUCUACAAAGCGAGUCCAUAGGUGAAACCCUGUCUCAAAAAGCCAAAUUAAAAAAAAAAAAAAGCUGAGCCCUGGGCUGCUACUGCCCUCGGUAAAUCAGCAGAACUCUUUGGGCUGGGAUCUGAGACGCUGCCUGUCUUUGCUAUGUAGGCUUGGAGCAGGCAGUUUUCCUUGGCAGCUGAGUAGUCUUUUUAUUUUUUAUUAAUUACAAUUUAUUCAUUUUGUAUCCCAGCUGUAGCCCCCUCCCUCGACUGAGUAGUCUCGAGGGCCAACAAAAGAAACGUGCAUACGAGACCACUAAAAGAUUUAAGAGGAAGUGGUAGGUUCGCAGAAGACACUUGGAGAGAAAGACAUGGUGGGUUCAAAACUAUGGAAAAGACAGGAAAGUGGGACCCCGGCUGUUUACAGGGUGGAGAGGUUAAGUUACCUGCCAUAGUUCAGGGCCAAACGUCACAAAGCAGGGAAAUGCCCUAAGAAUUUAGACCUUGCCGUGAGGCACCAAAGCCGGAGGCCACCGCUGUCCAUGGUAACUAGUUUUGUGACUUAAAGCUUACAUGCAUUCAUUUUCUCCUUUCAUCUUGUUUCCAAAACAAUUCCGGGAAGGCCUGUGUCCCUGUUUGGUAACCCAUGGGGAUGAGGUCGAAGCCACCUGGGUCACCGCGUUGGCACGCCCGUCGGCGAGGCGCUAGGGCCAGGUCCUCCCUGCCGGACCCUUGCUCCGGCUCCCACCCCUCCGCGCGGGAAGCUCCUCCCCCCGGAGGCCGGCAAACCGCCACUUCCACAAUGUCCAAUCAGACGCAGCUGGGGGCGGGACGCGUUGCCGCUGACGGCCAAUCAGGUUUGCCAAGGCGGGGCGGCGGAGGGGCCGCGCCGCGCUUUUCCCAGCCCUGAGAGAGCCCGCCGCCCGAGCAGCCCCUCGGCUUGCCCUGCCCUCGGUCGGGGUCGCCGCCCCUGUCCCUCUCUGGUUCUGCCGUAGCCUAGGACACCGAGGCCUGGGAGCCUGGCUGGGGCAGGGACUGGAGCCGCGGGACAGCGCCUGGAGGCUGGACCACUGACUGAGCCUUACCACCCAGCCUCGCCAGCACCAAAUUGGACUAGCGCCUUCAGACCCCAUCUAUCUGGCUUUGUCAUCUGUACCAUCUCACCUGUUCACCUCAACUCUGUCCGUUCAGUCUACCACCCGCCGUCAUUCUACAGCCUCAUCAAAAUUCAACCCAGGUUCCCGGGGAGUCAUGGAGCUGAACACCAAAAAGAAGCUUCAUGCUCUGUCCCUGGCUGAGAAAAUCCAGGUGCUGGAACUCUUGGAUGAGUCCAAGAUGUCCCAGUCAGAGGUGGCCCGGCGCUUCCAGGUCUCCCAGCCCCAGAUCUCACGUAUCUGCAAGAAUAAGGAGAAGCUGCUGGCAGACUGGUGCAGUGGCACAGCCAACCACGAGCGCAAGCGGAAGCGUGAAUCCAAGUACAGCGGGAUCGACGAGGCCCUGCUCUGCUGGUACCACAUUGCCCGAGCCAAGGCCUGGGAUGUAACGGGGCCCAUGCUACUUCAUAAGGCCAAGGAGUUGGCCGAUAUCAUGGGCCAGGAUUUUGUGCCCAGCAUCGGUUGGCUGGUCCGCUGGAAACGCCGAAACAAUGUGGGUUUUGGGGCUCGCCAGGUCCUUGUCCCUCUGUUCCCUCCUGAACCACCUCCUUCAGGGCUUCCAUCCCAGGCUCAGCCACCCCUUUCCCUUAAAGACUUCUCACCAGAAGAUGUUUUUGGCUGUGCUGAAGUGCCCUUGUUUUAUCGGGCAGUGCCUGGCAGAGUAUCUGAAUGUGAUCGGUUUCAGGUAGUGCUGUGUGCCAACAGCAGAGGCACAGAAAAGCGAAGGGUCUUUGUGGGUGGGCUCCAGGCCGCUCCAAGAUGCUUCUUUGGGGUCAACAGUGAGGCACUACCUGCUUCUUAUCACCCUGACCUAGCCAUCCCCUGGUCAGAGUGGCUGGCACAGUUUGACCAGGACAUGGGACAGCAGGGCCGGCAGGUGGCCUUGCUGCUGGCUGCCAGAGUAGUGGAGGAAUGGACCAGCCCUACUGGACUCCACCACGUGCGACUCCUGCCGCUCUCUGCCUCCAGCGACAUACCUUCUCUGCCUAGCUCUGUGGUUUUGGCCUUUAAGGCCCAUUAUCGUUACCGCCUGCUGAGCAAACUGGCCGCCAUGCAGAGUGCAAAAGAGGACAGCUCACUGCCUGAGGCCAGGGCCAGCAUCACAGUUCUGGAUGCUCUACAUAUGGCGGCUGCAGCUUGGGCCAGGGUGCCUCCUCAGCUCAUUUUGAGCAGUUUCAUUCAGGAAGGGCUUGCUCCGGGCAAAACACCACUGUCUCUGGACAAGGACGCUGAGAUGUCACCAGUCCCUAGUGGGCUGAGCCAAGAGGAGUUUUCCCACUUUGUCGACCUGGAGGAUGAGGACCCAGGACCCAGAGAGUGCAAAGAGGAGAUGGGUACUGAAGAUAGAGGGAGGGAAGAAGAUGGCGUUGAGUCCCUGCCCACCAAAGCUGAUGCCCUGAGAGCGCUGUGCACCUUGAGGAGGUGGCUUGAAUGCAACAGCACGUCUCCAGAGCUCUUUGAGAAGUUCUAUGACUGUGAGGUGGAGGUGGAGCAGCUCUGCUGUCUGUGAGGAAGCAUGGCUACCUGCAGUCUCCCUCUCCUGUUUCCCAUGGAAACGCCUCUCCAGAGGCACACUGGCUCUUUCCUGUGGAAAUAGUGUGUGGAGGGUGUGAAGGGAAGGAAUUUGGGACAUGACGUCAAAGGUCAGGAAACAUUAUUCAUACCUAGAGUUUCUACAGUUGGGACCUCGAGAGUGGGGAUCCAGGCAGUGUAGCUGCUAGGCCCCGGUGAAAGUUCUAGGUCUUUGGGGGGAGUUAGUCUAAAUAGGGUAGAACCUGGAAAGGUGGACUUCCUGACAGCGGCCCCAUCCCUUGAAUUUUGUGUCAAAACCAAUUUUGCUUCUGGAAAUAAAAUGUUUAACCAGAAAGGAGGUCAGA